AUGUUAGUACAGGUAGAAAGAGAAAGAUAAGAUAAGUUGGCAGAGUAAAAAUGGCAAGAAAAGCAGAGAAAACUAGAACUUAAACUAUAGAAAGGGAAGGAAAAGAAUGAAGAAAAGUUGAGAUAACAAAAACUAAAGUUGAAUAAACUAUAGAAGUAGAGAGAAGAAACAGAGAAAAGAGCAUAAGAGAGAGUUAGAAGUGUGAAAGAAGCGAAGGAAAAAGAACUAAAGCUGAAGGAGGAAGAGAGACUCAUGAAAAAAUAAAGCAGAACAGGUGGUUGA